GAGCGGACGUUUUAGCGCGAGAAUCGAGAAGGAAUAGACCGCAGAACUGAGGAUCGCAGCCAGCGCAGACUGAAGAAUUUACGAGCCAACGAUCGCGAUCGCGUGUGUUGUGGGUUUGAGUGCGUUCGCGCAAGAGAUGUUCCUCAUUUGAUCGGUUAAAGGUUUAGGGCAAAGAAGGGUCAUCACAAUCAAUGGCCGGCAGACGCCACUUGCUGCUGAUCCUCCUGCUGAUCCUGCAGCUGAUCGCCACCACGCCGGCGUCGCGCAGCCUAAGCGUGAAUGGAAACAACAUUUGGCGGCGGGUACGACUGGUGACCAGUCAGGAAACAGAUCGCAAUGCCUACCAGGUGCUCAAGCCGAGCAGCCGGAAUGCCACCAGCACCACUACAAGUACCAGUACCACCACCACCAGCACCACCACUCCGGCAGCUCCUCAAUCCCAGAGAACUGCUAAACAAUUGGAUCUCAAUUUCCCAGGUGGCAAUGUGUCGAGUGCAGCCCGCCUGGAAAUGUCUACGGAAUUCUUUGUGGUGCCCACACUAUCAGCUAGUAGUUCCAGCAGCACCACAUCCACCACAGCAGCCACGCCCCGAAGGAGUUUGGGGGCCAAGGCGAGAGCAGCAGGCACCACUGGCAAGGUGACUCCAGGAAGCAGCUCCAACAGCACACCGCCCAGCAUAGUUUCUACCCACCUGCCCUUCACAGGGCUGCGCAAGGAGCCGUGGGUGGUGCCAGUGCUUGUUUUGGCCACCCUCACCAUGCUCAUGAUGGCCGCCUUUGAGAUUUUCGUGCUCUUUAAGGCCUGGCGGACGUCGCCUUCGCGGAGGCACCUUUUCCUGGGCCAGAUGCUGCUGCUCGGACUGUUUGCCUGCGCCAGCUUAGGAGCUAUUAUCACUGCCCAGCCCACUUUGCUCAGCUGUGGAGCCAUCCGCUUCGGAGUGGGUGUAGCCUACGCACUUGUCUUCGCAGCCCUGCUGGUCAAGUGCGUAUUCCUGAUCAGCCUCAAUGGAGGCGUGUAUCUGCCAGCUCCCUAUCAGGGCUUGCUGCUCCUCUUCGCACUGCUCAUCCAGGUGGCGAUCGGAGGACAGUGGCUGCUCACCCAGCCCCCGGAGGUCUAUACCACAAGUGUUCCUGUAAUGGGAAGUGGUUUCCUCAGCACCACGGUGGCCUCGCAGACCAACUACUCGGCGCUGUUCUACCCCACGUCAUAUACCACCCUUGAUGGAACUCCGGAGAUUUACACCCGGAUAGCUGCCGUCAGCACGGUUCUAAUUCCACUCUGCAAGACGCAGUUCUCGGAGCUGCUCUUCUCACUGAUCUACAUUGUCUUCCUGAUUGUCUUCAUCGCCGUGCUGGCUAUCAAAUCGCGUGGAAUCCGGGAUAACUAUCGUGAGGCCACCUACAUUGGUCUAGCCAUUGGUGGCGCUAUACCCAUCUGGCUGGGAUGGAUGCUGUGCGGGGUGGCCGUGGCCGAAAGGCACAAGGAUGCAUGCGUGGCCUUUGGCCUAGUGGCCACUUCCGCCACCGUUUUCCUGGUGAUGUUCAUGCCCAAGGGGAGACAACUGGCGGCUAUGGGCAAGGAGGGACUUUACGUGGAGGACCGCGAGGAGCAGUUCAGCUCCCUGAGCCGUGCCGGAUCUGGCUAUUCGCCUUCGUUCUUCCACUUCAAGCCCAUCAAGUACGGCGUGAUGAGUGGCUGCGGACUGCCGAACUCCGCCUCUAACACAGGCCAAGGACUCAACUCCAAGCACUGCUCCAGUGCCAACAACGGAGGUGAUCGGGUUGCCCUGGUCACCGCAGCACCGCCGAGCUAUACGCGUAUGUAUCACUAUUUUCCAGCACACCUGAGUCCGCACCCGUUCUGCUAUUAUCCUCCCGCACCACCGCCACCACUGCCACCGCAACCACCGCCACCACAGCAAGCCGCACCGCCCACGCUCACGCCGUUGACCCUCAAACAGUUGGGCAACUCGCUAACCUCCAUGACACAAGCGGCGCAAUUGGCCAAAACGUUGCGCUAUGCGCCAGGCAUGUUUAUACGGCCAGACGAAACGAAUCUCUACACGACGCUGGAGCCUACGUUGAGCAGCAAUCCGAAUGUGUACUUCCAGCGCAGCGGGGCCGUCCAUCCGGGCAUCCUGUACUGAGGAGCCGACGGAGGGUGGAGUACCGAGCAUCGAGAACACUGGAACUGAGUAUUUUUUCAUAACUUUAAGUACGGCUCCCAAGGAGCAGCAAUAAGCGAAUUGAUAUUCCCCGAUCACUUCGAAUAGUGUAAUAUUUUUGUCAUAAUUGCUAAGCUCGUUGCAUCUAAGUUUUGCGAUACGAAGAAUACACAUAUCGACCUAGCGAAUUAAGGAUAAGACUCGACCUGGAAGCAGGAAUUUUGAUAUAUUCCCUGGGGUCGCUAGCGGAGGAGUUCCCACAAGGAUGCAAUAUGCUAGUUAGCGAUAUCAACCAACUACACUGGUUACAUCUUACACUCUCGCCGUAGUAACGAUUUUAUCGAAUAAGUCCUCAAAAGCAGUGGCUGGCCUUGAUUCCUAAAUAAUGUAAACGAGUUUCUAACAUCGUUAAAGGUUUAAGUAAGAUUACUUUUGGCUUGUGAUUUAAAAGUAACUUGUACUUAACAAAUUUUCAUAACAUUCGAACAGCUCUGCUUUUGAGAUAGCUUAAGAUCGCUGGGGUAAAUCAUAUGUAUAAGAUGGGCUGGCAAACAAAGUUGGAUUUGCAAAAGAGAAUUGAAAUUAAUUGUAUAAAAAGUGCUGGAAAGCAGAGAACGGAGUUUGAAUCCACCUGAUGUUCAGCAAUGUUUGUCGGCCAUAUGUAUACAGAUGUUCUGGCCCGGCUAGCACACACAUCUACCAGUAAGUAAUAGGCUUAAUAAACAUUUGUCUAGCCAAGUAAAACGAUCGCUUAAGCAAACACGAAAUGUUGUACAUAUAGCAAUGGCCCCGAGCCACACAAACACACACACCAACCACUCACACACACACAAACACACACACGGUGAGCCAGCCAAUCUCAAUAAAAGAAAAACA